AUGGCUGAAUACCCAACCCGCCGUAGCCUAGCGAGACGGCUGCUGUCCGCCUUGCUGGACCAUCAUGACUCGGUCCUGCCAACCACACACCCGCCGCCCCCCCCUGAAGUUCCCCCAAUGCUGCAGAUGAACAAUGAGUCCUGCGACUCCCGACCAAAACGCUUGACGAUUGCGCGCACAGACCAGAGCACCUUGAUCCCACCCCAGGACAAACUGCUGAUGUUCCGCGCGCUGAUGGGCAUCGAGAACGUCCCAGCCCUGACCACAUUGCACCACUACCAGCGCACCAUCCAGAACGUGGGCAUCUACACGCGGGUAGUGAACGCCGAAGAGUCCGCCGCCCAACGCUAUCGUCUAUUUUCCAUUCUGAUCAACACAUGCCUGGGCAUCCAAAUUGUAGUGGCAGCCGCCCUGACGGCGCUAGGAGCGGCCGCAGGCCCACAUUCAGCAGUCACGACCUUCGGUGCGAUCAACACAAUCGUGGCCGGCGUGCUGACCUACCUCAAAGGUUCAGGGCUACCAGACCGGCUCAAGCACUACCAGAACGAGUGGGGGAACAUUCGUGAGUAUAUUGAGCAGCGCGAGCGCGAACUCUGUCUGGACGGAUGCAUUUUGAACGUCCAUGAAGAGAUACUGUUCAUCGAGCAUCUGUACGAGGGCGUUAAGCGGGAGAUUGAAUCGACGAAGAGCGGGGGAGAGAAUCGUUCGACGGCGCAGGACAGACACACACAACGAUCGUUUCUCCCGCCACAGCAGCGACAGCAGGAGCAGCAGCAGCAGCCGCAAACACUUGGUCCCAACGGCCAGGUGACUGCUCCGGAAUCGGCGCUGGGAAAGGAGAAGAGCUGA